CCGGCCCCGCGGGCCGCCCCGCGCCGCCGAUGCUGUCGGUGCCGGUGCCGGUGGCGGGCGCGGGGGCGGCGCGGGGCGCGGGCUCCCAGCCCCGCCGGCGCACCAUGUGCAGCGGCGUCGGCUGCUUCUGGGCGCUGCUCUCCGCCGGCCUCCUGGCCGCCUGCGCCGCCGCCUUCCUCUCCCCGGCCUGGCUGCUGCCGCCCGGCCGAGCCGCCGCCGGCUUCGGGCUGCUCUGGCGCUGCGCCGGCCCCCCCCGGGGCUGCCACGGCUCCGCCGGCCCCGGCGGCUUCGGAGACAUCCCCUCUGGUUCCUGGCAGACGAGCGCCGUGCUGUGUGCGGGUGGCUGUGCCCUGCUGGCCCUCAGCGCCCUGCUGGCCAUCGUGGCUGUCCUGCUGCCCGGCGGAGCCUGCGAGCGCCGGCUCUGCACCCUGGCUGGAUACAUGCAGACAGCAGCAGUGUUCAUUAUGGCUUCUGGGCUUUUGGUUUACCCUUUUGGGUUCAACUCUGCUACUGUGAAGAGAUUCUGUGAGAACUCAGACAUCUACUAUGCAGGAGACUGCCAGAUUGGGUGGGGGUACAUGCUGGCAAUUGUUGGGGUCAUGUUGUCUGUCUUUUUACCAUUCUUUGCGAAAUAUGCACCGAAAGAGCACAUAUCUCCAACUCCAAUACCUACUAUUUUAUAGUAUUUUUCUUCCUGUUGUAAGAGCAGGAACCUUCCUGUCUGCAGGUGAUGGGCAGAGAUGAGGAUAGCACUUCCAGUUAGCUGUGUUAGCUAAAGAGGGGGGAAAGGAGAUGGGGAAGAGAAGGUCACAUUCACAAAGACCAAAAGUGCAUUGCUAGUCUUCCGUGAGCACGAGCAGAGAACACUCUGGAAUUGAAGUCAAUUAAUCAGCAGCCUUUACAGUGCUCUGAACACACAGUGGCAUAAUGCCUUAGAGAGAAAAAAAAAAAAAAAUCAGUUUAUCCUCAAAACAUCUGUCUACCUCCCAGUUUCUUUUGUGUCUCAGAAUCGUAAGUCUUGAAAGCUUCAAUUCACUUUCGAUAGAUCAUUCGACGUCAAAAGUUUUGGGAACCCAAUAACUUUAAAAUCAGUAAUGAUAUUUUGUUACAAUUGUUUUGAUUAGUGA